UGUAUAUGAGCGCGAGCGGCGGGCUCUCGGGUCUUUUUUAGCGCCAUCUGCUCGCCGCGCCGCCUUCUGCUCCUCCCGCCGCCGCCCUGAGUCACUGCCUGCGCAGCUCCGGCCGCCUGGCUCCCCGUGCUACCCACCGAUAUUUGGCGUUCAUACAACAUGGCAGACAUCGACAACAAAGAACAGUCUGAACUUGAUCAAGAUUUGGAUGAUGUUGAAGAAGUAGAAGAAGAAGAAACUGGUGAAGAAACAAAAAUCAAAGCGCGUCAGCUGACUGUUCAGAUGAUGCAAAAUCCUCAGAUUCUUGCAGCCCUUCAAGAAAGACUUGAUGGUCUGGUAGAAACACCAACAGGAUACAUUGAAAGCUUGCCUAGGGUAGUUAAAAGACGCGUGAAUGCUCUCAAAAACCUUCAAGUUAAAUGUGCACAGAUAGAAGCCAAGUUCUAUGAGGAAGUUCAUGAUCUUGAAAGAAAGUAUGCUGUUCUCUAUCAACCUCUAUUUGAUAAGCGAUUUGAGAUCAUUAAUGCCAUUUAUGAACCUACAGAAGAAGAAUGUGAAUGGAAACCAGAUGAGGAAGAUGAAAUUUCGGAGGAGCUAAAAGAAAAGGCCAAGAUUGAAGAUGAGAAAAAGGAUGAAGAAAAAGAAGACCCCAAAGGAAUUCCUGAAUUUUGGUUGACCGUUUUUAAGAAUGUUGACUUGCUCAGUGAUAUGGUUCAGGAACAUGAUGAACCUAUUCUGAAGCACUUGAAAGAUAUUAAAGUGAAGUUCUCAGAUGCUGGUCAGCCUAUGAGUUUUGUCUUAGAAUUUCACUUUGAACCCAAUGAAUAUUUCACAAAUGAAGUAUUGACAAAGACAUAUAGGAUGAGGUCAGAACCAGAUGAUUCUGAUCCUUUUUCUUUUGAUGGACCAGAAAUUAUGGGUUGUACAGGGUGCCAGAUAGAUUGGAAAAAAGGGAAGAAUGUCACUUUGAAAACCAUUAAGAAGAAGCAGAAACACAAGGGACGUGGGACAGUUCGUACUGUGACCAAAACAGUUUCUAAUGACUCUUUCUUUAAUUUUUUUGCCCCUCCUGAAGUUCCUGAGAGUGGAGAUCUGGAUGAUGAUGCUGAAGCUAUCCUUGCUGCGGACUUUGAAAUUGGUCACUUUUUACGUGAGCGCAUAAUCCCAAGAUCAGUGUUAUACUUUACUGGAGAAGCUAUUGAAGAUGAUGAUGAUGAUUAUGAUGAAGAAGGUGAAGAAGCGGAUGAGGAAGGGGAAGAAGAAGGAGAUGAGGAAAAUGAUCCAGACUAUGACCCAAAGAAGGAUCAAAACCCAGCAGAGUGCAAGCAGCAGUGAAGCAGGAUGUAUGUGGCCUUGAGGAUAACCUGCACUGGUCUACCUUCUGCUUCCCUGGAAAGGAUGAAUUUACAUCAUUUGACAAGCCUAUUUCAAGUUUUUUGUUGUUUGUUUGCUCGUUUUUGUUUUUGCAGCCUAAAAUAAAAAUGUCAAAUAUAAUUUUA